AUGGACCAGCCAGUUACAAGUUGGGAUGUCAAUAAAGUGAAUUAUUGGCUUUCUUCACUUGGAUAUUCUGCAUAUGAAUCACAAAUAAAAGAACAAGAUAUAAGCGGAGAAAUAUUAGUUCAUUUAGAUCACGAGGCACUCAAGGAUCUUGGUGUUCGUUCAGUUGGUCAACGAGUUACAAUACUUAAAGCAAUAUACAAUCUAAAAAUACAACAUAAUAUCCCUGUAGAAACAGGAGAAUAUGUUCCACCAUCCGUAGAAUUUGAAAACGAAAUAUAUAAUAUGAAUGGUGUUCCGGAUAUUAGAAAAAUAGAAAAAUCAAUUCAUGAAAAAGAUGCAAAAAUUAAUCAAUUAUCAAAAGAAUUACAAAGGUUAUCAACAGAUGUUUCAAAAUUAAGAGAAGAGUUGACACCUAUUUGGAAAAUGGCAAAAGAAAAUAAGCCAAGGACACACAUUCAUCUAUCGUCUAGUAAUAAUAAUAACGAGUCACCACACUUGAAUGCUAAUGUUGGAUUAAAUACUGGUAGAUUUAGAGUGUCACUUGAAGAUCCAUGUUAUAAAGUAUUACCAUCAGCUCUUAAAAAAUAUAAAGUACAUGAUGAUUGGAGAAAAUACGCUUUAUUUAUUUGUUUUGGAAGUCAAGAUAAUCCGGUAGAACGUUGUCUAAGUUAUGAUGAGAAACCAUUACUUUUAUUUCAAAAAUUAAAAGAAGCAAAUCAAAAUCCAGUUUUCAUGUUAAAAAAUAUUAAAGAAAUUAAAUCGCCAGUUGCAACUGCUGAAGAAAUACUUAAUUCCUUGAAAGCUAAUAAAUCUAAAAGACGUACCACACAAUUCCUAAAUAAAGAGUUGCCUCCUCCCCCUCCACCAGCUGAAACUUAUCCAUUAAACACCAGCAAAUGCUUCUCAAAAUUGGGAAAAUCUACUCUAUGCAAUGAAAUUACAUCACUGUGCUUGUACUAUUCAUAUAGUGCUCCAGAAUCCAUCUUGCCAUAUCAUGUUAAAAGGAUACUUGGGAGGAAGGGGUGGAGUACAAACCCAAAACGAGCUGGGGGUUAUGAAGCACCUGCAGGACAAUUUUAUGCGUCUGAGAUGUUUGAGUUGUCCAUUGGGGAUGAUAAUAAUUGGAGCAAGUGGGUUCAAGCCAAAAUUUUACUCUGGGAAUAUGACCCCAGUAAUCAAGUUAAAUAUGCCCUUGUUGGUAAUGAUGUAACAGAUAAACUAGCGUAUGUUCAUGAACCAGGGAAUCCGUUAAAGUUUUUAGAUAUUGGAGAUGAGACCAGACUCACUACAUUUUUGAAUACCCGUCGUUAA